AGUGCUCAAACAGUUCGUGAAGUGUUAAGUGAAAUAAACUAAAGUGAAAAAAUGACUGGUCGUGGUAAAGGUGGUAAAGGCUUGGGAAAAGGUGGCGCUAAACGUAACGGGAAAGUGCUCCGUGAUAACAUCCAAGGUAUUACCAAGCCAACUAUUAGAGGUUUGGCUCGUCGUGGCGGUGUAAAACGUAUUUCUGGCCUGACUUACGAAGAAACUCGUGGUGUUCUGAAGGUGUUUUUGGAAAACAUUAUUCGUGAUGCUGUCACCUACACCGAACAUGCUAAGCGUAAAACAGUCACCGCUAUGGACGUCGUAUAUGCUUUGAAGAGACAAGGCCGUACCUUGUACGGUUUCGGCGGUUAAAAAAUUCUUGACACAAUUUGGAGAAAUAUUUUUUUACAACAAAACAAUCGGCCCUUUUC